AUGCUGGAGAUCAGGAGGAGGCAUGCACAAGCAACAAACAAGCAAGUCUUCCAACAGACAAAAAGCCUAACACAAAAGCCACAGGAAACUCUGGUUUUGAGAGAGCACUUGCACAGAGAGCGCUCUUUCGAUCACAUACUCACAAGGUGA